AUGACGAAUCUUGCAUCCUACCACAAGUUCGUGGACUCUAUCGUGGAGAAGCACCCAGAAUUUCACACCUUUAUCAUCAACUCUGGCGUUCAGCGACACUUUGGCUUCAACAAGCCCGAGACCGUGGAUCUGAACAUCAUCCAGGAGGAGUUCACCACCAACUACGUCGCCUACUUUCACCUAAUCAGGGCCUUCCUGCUACAUUUUCUGUCUCAAGAAGUUAACCUAGACACACCUAGUCGUGGUAAGCUCUACGUUGGUUCGUUAAGAGUCAGGUUGAGGCAUAAUUCAUUCCGUGAUAUCGAUGAGUAUUCUGGGCAAGCCAGCGCUAAAAUUGCACUGAAGGCAAUUAGCAAGCGAGAUGGCGUUUUGAAUGAAAAACUGAGAGUAGCUUUCAUGCGUAACUUUGCUUUGCGUCCGUUACUCUUCAAUUCUGGGUUGUGA